GACACCACAGUGCAAGCGCACCCCCAAAUCCGCCUGCCGCGCGCCACAGCUCCUUCCUCCUCCCUUCUCCCUGCCCUGAGCUCUCGUCCUCUGCGGCGGCAUUCCUCCACUGCCAACCAAGCAGGAAAUGGGGUGCAAGGCGUGCCAGAAGCCCAAGGUGCAGUACCGGAAGGGCCUGUGGUCGCCGGAGGAGGACGAGAAGCUCCGCGACUUCAUCCUCCGCUACGGCCACGGCUGCUGGAGCGCGCUCCCCGCCAAGGCGGGGCUGCAGCGCAACGGCAAGAGCUGCAGGCUGCGGUGGAUCAACUACCUGAGGCCGGGGCUGAAGCACGGCAUGUUCUCCCGGGAGGAGGAGGAGACCGUCAUGAGCCUCCACGCCAAGAUGGGCAACAAGUGGUCUCAGAUCGCGCGGCUCCUGCCGGGCCGGACCGACAACGAGGUGAAGAACUACUGGAACUCGUACCUCAAGAAGCGCGUCGAGGGCGGCGCGCAAGCCAAGUGCGCGGCGGACCCGGCGACGCCCGCCGGUUCGUCGGACGUCCGCGCCGGGAGCCCCAACCCCAGCGACAACUGCCAGGGAGGCGCCAACCGCCCCGCGAGCUCCGACUCGUCGGAGCCGGUGGAGUCGUCGUCGGCCGACGACUCGAGCUGCCUCACCGUCACCGAGCCCGCGGGCGCGGCCGCCGCGGUGCGGCCGCACGCGCCCGUGCUCCCCAAGGUCAUGUUCGCGGACUGGCUCGACAUGGACUACGGCACCAGCCUGGUGGCGCUGGGUCCGGACGCCGGCGUCUUCGACGCGAGCGGGCGCAGCCUGAGCCACCAGGGGUCCGUGCAGGUUGACGGGCCAUGCGGCGCGGUGGAUUCCCUGCACGGGCUCGGCGACGGCGGCAUCUGCUGGGGGUUCGACGACGCGGCGGCGGAUCAGAUGGACGUGCAGGGAGCAGGGUUCUGCGAUCUGCUCUCCAUGAGCGAGUUCCUUGGGAUCAACUAGGUGUCAAGAGUGUUCUUUCCAACGGUUCGUCGCGAAGCAUUCUGUGAAUCUGUUUCUUCCGUAGGCGAAAGCGUAAAUUGUGUGGUAUACCAAUGUGCAGUUAAAUAUAAUAUAUGCAGAGUUGAGUACAGUGCGCUCUGGUCUCGGAUGGUCGGAAUUGCAUGGUUACAAGUUUAUUUUUCCACCUGUUGAUUUGGACGAGUGGAUAAUAACUUUGUGCUUGUACAGCAUAGGCACAAAAGUAAA